UUCAUUAUCAAGCAAUGAUGGGUAGUAAGUCAAGCCUUCCAGACUUACAAAAUAAAAGUUUCGGGGAAUUUCCGAAAACCUAGAAUUGUCCCAUUUGGAUCUUUGUUGGCUUGUGUCCCAUUUCUAAUGUUCUGUAGACGCUUGAAGAACCUACGGAAUGAAAACGAUGGUGCCCUAAUGUCUUUGGGUUUAUUAUUGGAUGGGAUUUUGUAUCUUUUACCGGAUUAUGACACGCCCUGCUAUCAAUAUAAGCUCGUCUACGGUCUGUUCAUCGUUCCCAUGACCACGAGUUUCUUCUCGAUUCUGGGCAUGGCCAUCGAGCGGUUCCAAACCUUCGCGCUCUAUCGUGAUCGAAGGAGACUGACCAAGCGAUUUAGCAUCGCCUGGUUCUUCGCCUCCUGGACUUUAGCCAUUUGUUUCCUCGUCAUUCUUUUGGCGCAAAUCUCAGAGAAGGACCUGAAUGAAAACGACUUGGAUAACAUUCGUCAAUCUGCGCACAAGGGAAUACACGGUGGAUCUCACAACAAAUUCGGGGCAAUGCUGAUGAUCAGCUCAAUACUACAUUGACAUGUGGA